AUGUCCGUGUCAACUAUCCCCAUUGACGCUCCCCUUCUACCACUGUAUCACGAAGAAUUUUACUUUAAUGAUGGCAAUCUGACAUUGCUCGUGGAGGAUACGUUGUUCAGAGUGUUCCGUUCGUCAUUUACGAGGCACUCCCCCAUAUGGAGGGAACUUCUCGAGCUUCCACAACCCGUCGGAGUGCCCAUGGAAGGAUCCGGGGACGAGCACCCCUUGGUCCUUUUCGGCAUCUCGAGAGUCGAUUUCGAACGCUUGUUGUGGAUCAUAUACCCCGCGGACUUCGGCGUCUGCAGGGCCCACACACAAGACGAGUGGACGUCCAUCCUGCACCUAUCCACGCGAUGGGAGUUCAGCGACAUCCGCGCCCUCGCCAUCCACGAGCUCCAAAAGCUAGCCAUCAACCCCAUUGACAAGAUCACCCUCUCGCGGAGAUUCGACAUAUCUGGCCGAUGGACGCUCGCAGCAUAUGCCGCCCUCUGCCAGCGCCCGGACGCACUCACCCUGGAGGAGGCUGCAUGCCUCGGGCUCGAGACCAUGGUGCGCGUCGCGCAGCUGCGGGAGCAGAUCGACAGAGGGACGCCACUGCGACCAAAGCAUCAUUACCAAAACCCGACCAGCGCCGCUGGUAGCCGCCGGUCGGGAGUCGACCCUGCACCUCUGUCGUCACACCCCUCCCGCAAGCCCCGAGAGGCUGGGCAGCCGGUGAACGCGCGGCCUGGCAAGCCGUCGCUGACAGAUCCCAAGAGGAACAUACGGAGACCUGCGACCAAAAUCGCGCCGGACGUGUAUCGCAUGGUUGCUGAAGCAUUCGGCGUGGAUGGAGCGGAGCAAACGGCCUGA